AUGUCAGAGACUCAACCUGGGGACGAACGCCUAUCAAUGCAAUCCACCACUUUCAAAGUGCACCCAGUCUACUCGUCCUCCAACAGAUUGGCGAUGCCUGGGAGUUCAUCAUCCUAUGUGUCUCUUGGCAGCAUCGGCAAACUGCUCUUGCUGGAGACGUUCGAGUUCCUCCAAUGUCAUGCCGCUCUGCUCAAACUUAACAAAGGAAACCCCAAGGUCUCUCACCUUUUGGACUUCCUUGUGCUCUGCAGCGGCUUCCAAAACGGCAGGGACGUAGUCGGCAAAGCCGAGUUGCUCCAAUGCCUUGGUGAUGUGGUCACAAGCGAUAGUCUUUUUGGCUUCCUUCUCAGAAAUCUCGUUUGCCUCGCUAGAGAUGAGAGUGAUGAACUCGACACAGCACUCUAUAAGGAGGUCGCGGGCCUCCUUGGCGAAGGCGAUGCCUGUUGA